AAAAAUCUGACAUUUUAUCACAAUUUAGAAAAAAAAAUCAUAUUUUGUAAAUUCCACAUUUAUAAUUUGUUUAUUUUGCCAUAAUUUGGAACUUUUUAAAAACAGUUUCACAUUUUGUAAAAUAGUUUCAUAGCUUUUUGCCAAUUUAUUUGACAUUCUAGAGAAAAUUGCAUUUUGUCCAUUUGGCCACUUCAUUUAAAAAAAAAAAAAAGUUUGGUAUCUUUUUCCAUGUUCUUCUACAUUUGGAACUUUUCACAUAAAAAAAAAUAAAAUUUGUGUCAUUCUUUUUCCUCACCCCACUUGGUGACCAUGAAACUGGAGAAAGAGAAAUCAAAAAGUGUCGUUUUAAAGUAGGACAGGUGACUGUGACUCACGUCUUGACGCCGCUUCAAAAGGCGUCGUCCUCUCAAGUCUGCAGCGACAUGCAGACCAUCUCAUACGUGCAAGGGGGUGGAAUAUGUGGGUAGUGGUGUUGCAUGUAACACCACAUGAACGUAGAGUAUGUACUCACGCAUUCACACCAGCACCAUGAGCUGUGACCAGAUGUAUCCCUUCCCGCAAGUUUUCUUCGUAGAUGGAGGUCAGCAGCAGGAGCAGCAUCGCCCAGGGCAGCCACCCGGGUGCCCCCAAAGGGGUCGAAGGGUGGGCAGCUGCGUAGGUCUCAUCCCGACGUUCGCCACCGUUGUCCUGCUGCUCUUUCUGCUCGUGUUUGCAGCCCUGGGCUUUGGCGGGUACCUGAUGUACAACAUGCAGUUGGAGCUCAGAGAUGUGAGGAAGUUGUCACCUGCGCUCAAGCAAGCGCAGGAGUUGAGCAGAGCCAACAAGCAAAUCAGUUUGGAUGAAGCAGGAGGCAACAAAGACCACAAAAUCCAGACAGAAGAAAAGCCUGCGGCACACGUCAUAGGCCGGAUUGAAACAGACGUGGUCGGCAAAACGCUGCGCUGGGAGCCGCGGGUCGGCGCCGCCUACACCAGCGGCGCGGUGGCCUACCGGCUGAAGGACGGCGCCCUGUGGGUCAACCAGAGCGGACUGUACCACAUCUACUCACGGGUGGAGCUCAUCUUCAAGCACUGCUCGCCCACGUCCUCUUUCACCCACACUGUGUUUGUGAGGUCGCCGUCGGCCAAGGACACGACCGUGAUGGAGGCCCACCGGGCCGGGUUCUGCUCCCAGCAGAGCGGGCCAAAGCGCCGACACUCAUGGACCGCCGACAGCUACCUGGCGGCGGCUGUCAGGCUCCAUCGCAACGCCAGCGUCCUGGUCAACGUGACCCACGCCCAAUUUCUCAGCCACUCGCAGUACGGCAACUUCUUCGGUCUCUACAAGAUCUGAUCGGGACGGUUUUAGUGCUUGAGAGACGAGCGAUGUCGUCGUGUGUCACCGUGGAGAAAAAUGCCCAAAGAGACCGUUAACACUAACGUGAUGUGUGUAGCAUUAUAUUUAUUCAAUGUGUUAACAACAUUUUAAUGAC